CGUGCAUCCACAGUCGCGUUCGAUGUCGCGAACUAGUUACCAUUUUGGGUAUCCAGGAUCAGUAAUAAGUUACAAUUUAAUUACGACCACGCGGGUUGUUGAGCCGCCUUGACCCGGGUGGCAGCGCUGGUCUGCGGACUCUUCUCUGCCCCCUUUUGAGUGCCUUAACUAUGGGGAGUCAAGAUGAUAGCCUCGAUUUGGGCUAUCUGAAGCAGGCAGCCCUUGGCUUAACUGAUUCCACGCUGGACGUGUCUAGAACUUUACAAUUACGAGGCUUCCACCGUGUUCUUCCUACGCAGGGUCAUGCCUUUUCAUCCUUGAAUAUCGCUACAAGGCAGCCAUCGCAGCCCGAUGUUGAGCAGAGUUCUGUUCCGGAGUCACCAACCAAGAUGGCGACGGUAAGCGGCAGUCUACCCGGCGAUACGCAGCCAAUUUCUCAAUCGGUCUUCGAGAGUUUUAUGAGCAAGGCAAGAUCAAACAGGGGACAUUCAAAACACCAGGAGGGAGAAGAAGAAGAUGAUAAUUCGACGGCAAGGGACGCGACUCUACAUGAGGGUGAUACAGGCCAUCUAGAUUUACUAGCUGCGUUUGGGGAAACUCCUGGUGCAGAUCGUGAGUUCGUCGACGAGGAUGGAGGGCCGGAGCACCUUGAUAUAGUGGGUGGGGUCUCAUCCCCAACCCAAUACCAGCAUUUCCCCGAAUCUCAACGCUUCAUCAGUAGAACUCCGGCGACACAGAAUCGUCGAAGCUCGUAUCCUGAGAUCUCAACUACGCCAAUACUCUCACGGUACCCCUUCAGCAGCGAACACAACGGUAGCACCGUAAUGGCUUUGUCACAGGUGUUCAAUGCGACCCAGAAUCCCUCCUCGCCUUUUACUAAUGGACCUCCACUUUCGUCGGAUAUGCCAUCGCCAAAUCUCCCUAUUGAGCCCCGGUUGACCGGCACGACCACAGUGUUCUCGCCUCUACUUCCUUCCUCAGUUCCUCCUUCCAAGUGUCUAGAACCUCAGGCAAAUUAUGUUUCGAUGAAGGAGUCGCAGGCUGUACGGGAGAUGCUGGCGCGGUUACGUUCGACGGGGGAAAACGGUUCCAGUGAUGACGAUUUUGAGAAGGAUGACAGCUACGUUCGGAGACAUGUACGAGAAAAAUAUACGGAGGAGGAGGUGAGAAGGCAAUUUGCCACUGUAACCGCACCCACUAGAUCUAGCUCGAAAGGUCAUGGAAAGACGGUUACAGCAGAUCAAUCCUCACCAGCUCCAGCAGACUCUCGGAGCAGUCAUCCCCACCGCGCCGCUCUUUCGACGGUUGAAAAAAAUAAUGCUGGAAAUAGUGAAGAGGAAACCGAGCAGGAGGAUGAACUUGAAGUCUCACAUAGCCGACGGCUUCUACAUUCCCAGCUUCCAGGAGAAGAUGAUAAAGAGAAUAUCGACAGCGGGCCAGUUCAUGUUGCUGACACUACCGCCUCUGCUCACGACGCCCUCUCUCAGGCCCUUGAAUCAGACUCUCCAGCAGGCCAUCGAAACUUAACCAGGAAAGUUUCAGGGCCAUCUUACGGCAGCCAGGAAGUUGCGAGUCAUCCCCAAGGCAGCCUAGAUGAAAGCGAGAACACCACACCUACUGGCUCUCAAAUCGUAAAUAUCGCUAAUUCCCAGCCGUUCAGCGACCACGGUCCAAAAAGGCGCAGAGGCAGACCGAGGAGGGGAGUUACACAUUUAACACAAUCUCCUAGUGAGGAAUAUAUACCUUCGUCACCUAUUUCCGGUUCACGUAGCCAGCGAGGCUUUCCGCCAAAUUCACAUGUUUUAAAUCAUGGUUCAAAGAGGCCUAGAGGCAGACCUCGAUCUCGAAAACCAGAUAUCCACUUGGCUCAAUCACCCGGAGAAGAAUGUGUCCCGUCCUCGCCUACAUUUGACCCGCAUGAACAGAGUAGAUUUCCUGAACAAACCUCUCAAACCUCUCGGAUGGGCCACCCUACAUGGAACACUGCUUCUCGAACCCAACAUAACCCUGAAAAUGCAAGUCCCCUGGAAACGCCUCACAAAACUACACAUCAACGCGGUCAGCCUGCAGAUCAGGGUGCUCCAGAUAUGGCGUCAUCGAAUGAUCAGAAUGAAUAUCCUGAAGCUGAAUCUAAAAUUACAUAUCCUAAUCCUUCAGCCGAGGAGAUUGCGGGUCCGACGAAAGCCUCCUCCAUGCCUUCUCGCGUUCUAGAGACACCAACGCAGAAUGAGAAGCAGUCAAAACCAUAUCAUCAGACUAUACCAGAAUCUUCUUCAUUGGGUCAUUUCUCUAAAUCUAUUACACGAUUUAACAACAAGUCUCCUACAUCUCCUACUCACGAUGACGACGAGCUUCCUGUUGUCCCCCAGUUUUCACGCUCUCAAGUUGGACGUCUUGGAGUUCCCAGGUUGCUCCCCAGGGGUGGCGCACACCACACCGUCUCGGCUGUACUUUCUAGCCCUAGUGGCCGUCAGCGUCGGAGCAUGACUGAAAUUGCAGCGGAACAGUCGCCCUGCCACUCGCUGCCUGAUUUUUUAUCAGACUUUGGACUUAUCACUGCAGAAGACAAAGAAUUUGCGUUCAUAACCCGAGAAGUAGCACCUUCUGCUAACAAAAGGAGACGAGGAAAUGAUAGAAGAGUCAUCGCCUCAUCGAAUCCAUUUGAUCGGGACCAAACGCCUACCCCUAAAGAGACUCCCAGAGUGCUUCAGUCGGCAGCAAACGUGAGCGAGUCCAUGAAUAAUGUUUCGGAGUCAGCCACCCCAAUUCCAGUACCACAUGCUCAAACGAAUGUUAUUCUUAUUCAACAAAAUCCGAAAACGAAUGGCAAAAGGACUGGAAGUGUCUGGGAGGUGGAAUGUUCACCGGUUCAGCCAAAGACUAGAAGAGGGCGCAAACGUCGCCUCAGUCAACCGUUAGAACGGGCUAUUUCUAAAGCACGAACUUCUCAGCAGCUUAUAAAUAGUAUUGCUUGGCCAAUUGAAGAGCGCAAGUCAAAGAUCCCGUCACCAAGUCCAACACAAUUGAUUGAGCGGGCCGAUAGCCCAGACCCAAUUCAAGGCGAGGAGACUCAUACGUACUCAACAUUAGGAAGUGUUUCACCAUCAUUGAAUAGCCCUGCAUUUGCAAAUAAAGUAUUUGCCUUUUUCAACGGCCGACCGCAGGGAUAUUUCCCAGCAACCUGCGUUGGGAUUUCACAAACUGCGGGCCAAAUUAGAUACCUCGUAAGAUUCGAGGACUCAAUCGAACCUGAUGAGGUAAAUGCGGAUGCAGUCAAGAGGUUGGAAUUGAGAAAAAACGACGUUGUCAAGGUGGACUUGCUUCAAGUUCCUAAGAUUCCGCACACGGUUGUGGGGUUUCGAAAGUCAUUUGAGACCACUGCCUUCCGUGGUGGCGAGCGGACACUCUCUUCGACGAUAACUGAUGUCCAUGGGCACCACUCCGUCAUCCUUAGGCCCAGGGGCCCAAAUGGGACCUUCCGCAAUGGAUCUGAUAUCACUGUUCCAAUCUCUAAUGUUUACCUUGAUAGGAUUCUGUGGACUCGAUUGGGAAAUAGGCCGUAUUCGUACUUGCCCCAGCUUCUCCACGCCCCUAGGUCUGGGCUACAAACGCCCUUGGACCACCGUCACAGUUCUGUAUAUUCCGUUUCGCGAACCGCACAUCGCUUCCCAUCAGUCUCUGGCUUAUUUUUCGGAAUGGCUUUCGCUGUUUCAUACAAAGAUAACGAGGAGAAACGGCUGUGGAUUGAAGAGCUCAUUACUCAGAACGGUGGGCGGAUCCUGAAGGAUGGAUUCACUGAGCUCUUUAACCAACCAUUGUCCAACCUUCCUUCUGCAUCUUUCGAAAACAAUUCCGCUGUGACAACUUCAGCAGACGACAACGACAAAUUGUUAUCUUUGCACCCUACAGCUGAAACUACCGGUUUCGUUUGCCUCCUAACAGACGAACAUACCCGCCGCGUGAAAUACAUGCAAGCCCUCGCCCUCAACAUUCCUUGUUUGGCCGGUCGCUGGAUCCAUGAUUGCGUCUCCAAAGAUCAAAUCGUGGACUGGGAACCCUACCUCCUCCCAGCGGGCGAAUCUACUUUCCUCAACGGUGCAAUCCGAUCCCGGGCGAUCGCCCCAAACCCAGCUCUAACAGCACGCCUGCCGGACACUAUAGCAGCCCGCCCCAAGCUCCUGGCUGGCCAAUCCGUGCUCCUCGUCAUGGAUCGCGGCAAAAUCGCAGAACAGCGCAAGCCUUACAGCUUCCUCACUUGUGCCCUUGGUCCCAGCAGAAUCGCUCGUGUACCGGACAUGGAUGCCGCAAUUAAGAUACUGGCACCACCUGAGCGGGAAUCACCAGGGUCAAGCGCCUAUUCGGAUGUCGGCUGGGAUUGGAUUUAUGUUGGUGAUGAGAAAGCGGCUGUGGCUGCUCGUGCACAACUUAUCCAGGCGUCGCAAGCUGGCCUCACCAAGGGGACUUCUAGGGCCCGCUCACGGGGCCGGCCACCCAAGAAGCGACAAGGUCGUGGUCGACCUGCGAAGGGGGCGCCGCGGAUUGCCGCUGCUUCCGCAGAUCUGGCCUCCGGCAUAAUCGGCGGUAGUGAUGUGACUGUUAAUGGAAGAACUGUGAGGAUUUUAGAUAAUGAAUUUAUUUGCCAGAGUCUAAUUUUAGGGAAGUUGUUUGAACCAUGAUCAGGUCAUGAAGAUGACGAAUAUGAUGACCAAAAAGGAAUUACGCAACCAAUCAUAGCUCAUUCGCAAAGGUAUAGCUGCUAGUUAAUUCUCGUUUUAUUAUCCCUUGAUUUUCUGUUACGAAAUGUUUCUCACUGGAUUUGUUGCGUAUAUUCGGAUCUUUCUAUUUAUUCUCUGUUACCACCCGCGAAGGAAGGACGCUACGUAAAGUACGGAUACAUUGUAACGCCCCAUUGGCCCCGUUCAGCCAGUUGGUUUGAUGUCCAGUUCUUAUGUUAACAAUCUACCAUUUUUGUCUCCCCAUCCUUUAUUAGCUCAGUUUUAUAUGGGUUCGCCCACUACCCUUUGACGUGGUCUUAUUUACCAUUUUCAGCAUUUCUCCCACCCCCGCAUCACCACUUCAGCGUGUCACAAUACCUUAUAGCACAAUACCCCAGUUCAGCUUCUUUUCACCUAGAGAGGUUUCCGGGUUGGCUUGGGCAGAUUACUUUUUACUUUUUCUUCUUUCUCUUCUUCCCUUAAUGACCGGUGCCGCUGUAUGCAUGUGUGAAUAGCCAUUUCGCAUUUUCAUUGAGUCGACAUGUGCUCAGGCAUUCGGAAGCUACGAAGGAUAAUGUUCGGAGUACAUGUUCAUGAAUAAGAUUAAAAAGUAUAACGAAAGAAAAUAUAUUCAAGAAAGAAAAUAUAUUCCAGCCAAAGUCCUCUCGUUCUAAUAUACAAUAAAAAAAUAAAAUAAAAUGCAACUCCGUCUACCAACAGAAGAAUAAAGCUGUCACGAAUCCGUUUUUCUUAUUCAAACAUG